GACAAACGGCGCGCUAGCAAGCUGCACGCCAUGACCCAAACUCUUUUUCCCUUUGACCGAUAUUCGCGAUGGCCGGUGGACGCAAAUCGAAACCCACGGUAAUCGCCUCACCGCGACAGACUUUAAUCCUUGACAACGGCGCACAUACGAUCAAGGUGGGGCUGAUCCCGACCGAAGAAUCGCCCGAUGCCGCCGAUGCUGGGGACGACAAGAAACCCGAUGCGGCGGCGCCAUCGGGUUCCAGCAAGCCCAAUAUUUUGAGGAUACCGAAUUGUAUCGCCCGAGACCGCCACCGCAAAACAUACGUCGGCUCUGAGCUGAGCAAGUGCAAGGACUUUGGCGAGAUCGCUUUCCGUCGCCCGGUCGAGAAAGGCUACAUCGUCAAUUGGGAGGCGCAAAGGGAGAUUUGGGACCGCGAGCUUUUCGACAAGAAGACUGCUUCUCAGCUAUGCGAUCCUUCCGAGACGAGGCUCAUACUGACCGAACAGCCGGGUUCUCUACCGGCAUUGCAAGCAAACUGCGAUCAGAUGGUGUUUGAGGAGUUUGGCUUUGCUAGCUACUAUCGCGGCAUCGGCCCCGCUUUCAAUGCUUACCAUGACAUCCAAAGCAUCUUCCACACCCCAUCAGAAGCAAAUGCAGUCAAGCAGGUCCCCGCCGAGAUCAUGCUACUGAUCGACUCUGGAUACUCGUGCACCACAGUAACGCCCUUGCUCCGCGGCCGGCCAUUGCACUCAGCCGUGCGCCGACUCAACGUCGGCGGAAAAUUCCUGACCAAUUAUUUGACGCGUCUGCUGUCGCUCCGGCAUUACGAUAUGCGAAACGAUACGUAUAUUGUCAAUGAGAUGAAGGAGAAAGCGUGCCAUGUGUCUUUGGAUUUCAAAUCGGAUCUCGAAAAGACUUGGAAGGGCACAAGAGGGGAAAGGAGAGAGUCGUACCUGACGGGGGCCGGGAUAGCAAAGGACUAUGUCCUGCCAGACUUCCACUCGCGCUCAGAAGGCAUAGUCCGGGACUAUGAUCCGCAGCGCGCCGCGGGUCGGGCGAAGAGGAUGGCCGCAGCUGCACAAGACCCAGACGCGUUUGCAGACGAAGACGUGUUGACGCUUAGGAAUGAGCGUUUCGUAGUCCCGGAGUUACUGUUCAACCCGUCUGAUACAGGCCUUCGACAGCCUGGUCUGGCCGAGCUGGUGAUGCAAUCGCUGUCAGAGCUUCCCAUCGGGCUUUGGCCAGGACUUUUGGCCAACAUUGUCGUUGUGGGCGGCAAUGCUCUUUUCGAUGGUUUCAUUCAGCGGCUGCAGAAGGAGGUCGUACAGCUGGUUCCCGAUGACUGUAUCGUCCGCGUUGCUCGACCAAUUGACCCCAUCACGAGUACGUGGGAGGGUGCGGCCAACUUUGCACGACACGAACAUGCUAAAAAGCUCGCAGUCACGAAACAGGAGUACGAGGAGUAUGGGAGCCAAUGGGUUGCUAGAAAGUUCGCCCUUGGUUUAGGUGCCGACGAUGUCUAGCAUCCCAGCUACAUAUAUAAUAGUCAGGAUGCACUCAAUCAUAGCGUUCAGCUGAUGAUAGGUCAUGGACAAACCAACAAGGCCUUUGGGUGAACAAUUUGAUUGGAUAAAGCGUUCAAUGGACAGGUCGACAUGAAAGAAGUCAUCCAGAGCAUAUGUCCAGACGCAUAAGAUCAGACUGAUUCCCAAUCAACAAGUCCUAACUGGAAACCUUGUUUGCACAUCUCACUGGUGUGGCCUUCUAAAUUCAGCCCUGGAACUCAAACGGAACAAGACUUGGCAUAACUCAAUAUUAUUGUCAUUACUAUCGGUUCCCGUCGUACAUAUGCGGUCCACCUCUUAUCAUAGACAGCUGGAAAAGUCACCAGCGAUCCCGCACAUACUGUUUCACUGUUCGCGGGCCCUUGAUAGCUUCACUUCUGGGUGGCGAGACUUGCUCACACCAUUCCGCCCACUGACGCGGCCUAUGUUUUGAUUUAAUGUCGUGCUUCCAAAAACCCGUACUUAGUGCGAAGAAGUCGUCGGGUCUGGAUUCCUGAAUUCUGCAGACUUGGGGAAAACAUGCUUUUUGGAUCGUUUUGCGGCGUCUCUUCGUUGCUUCUGAUCAGGUGUUUGCUCUCUGAUGCGUUGCAAACGAUCCGGGCUUGUCUUUCUCGUGCGGGUGAGGUACCAGAGUCUAUUGGAAGCUUCAGCGCGUAUGCACGCAGUAAUGGGGCGCCGUAUGCCUCCAUUUUCUGGAUCGUCG